GCGAACGUUUUGCGACAACAAUUGACUGCUCUUGCUCCCUUAUUCUUACCUUGUGUUGAAUGAUGAAGCAGCGCUCGACCUUCUUUUACUUUGAGCAAUCUUGAGCUGGCAAUUGAUCAUGUUAGAGAACCUUUGCACCCUUCCGCUUUCGGCGGAUCUCUUCGCCCAAGCUCUUCACCCAGAAAAGCCACUUCUCACAGUUGGACUGUCCAGUGGCCAUGUGCACACUUUCAGCUUGCCUCCGGCCAAAAAGGAUGGCAAGGGUUUGAUCAAGGAGAUUUGGUCGACUCGCCGUCACAAGGGAAGCUGUCGGUGUCUAGUAUAUGGACAUGAUGGCAAAUCUUUAUACUCUGCUGGAACGGAUUGCGUAGUCAAGCACUUUGACCCAGAGACUGGCAAAGUCAUAUCCAAAAUCAACAUCCCCAAACGUGGCAACCACGAUGAUCCGCCCGCCAUUAUGCAUGCUCUGACCCCCAAGACCCUAUUGCUCGGCACCGACUCCGGCGCAUUGUAUAUUCUGGAUCUGCUAAAGGACGGAAGCCUCAACCCCGAACCUGUUCGAAAGCACAUGCCCCACGACGACUACGUCACCAGCAUCAGCCCGCUACCGCCGUCGGCGGAGAGCACAUCGGGUUUUCCGAAGCAAUGGGUCAGCACCGGCGGCAGCACGCUGGCUGUGACGGACGUGCGCUCUGGGAUCAUGGCUAGGAGUGAAGAUCAAGAGGAUGAGCUGCUGUGCUCGGCCAUCAUACCCAGUGGGCUUGGUCCCAAGAAGAUGAGGGGCAAUGCCGUCGUGGCGGUCGGUACCGGCUCGGGCGUUUUGACCAUGUGGGACCGAGGCUCCUGGGAUGAUCAGCAGGAACGCAUCUACGUGGCCGGUGGUCGCGGUAAGAAGGAGCCCGAGAGUCUGGACUGCAUAGUCCGUGUGCCUGCCUCUCACGGUAGCGGGACUAAAGUUGCAGUGGGUGUUGGCGACGGCAGUGUCUGCAUCGUUGACCUGAGGAGGCGUGAGGUGGAGUUGACUCUCAGACACGAUGAAGUAGAGGGUGUCACUGCCAUUGGAUUUGACUGCUAUGACAGGAUGAUCAGUGGUGGUGGCAAGGUAGUCAAGGUCUGGGCAGAGGCUGACUCACCAGAUGAGGCUGAGAGCGAGGAUGAUGACGAAGAUGACUCAUCCAAGAAGAGGCAGCGGGACGAAGAUGAUGACAGCGAUGACAGCGAUAGUGACGACGACAGUUCGGAAGAGGAGAAGCCGGCCAAGUCCAAGUCGAAGCGAAGGAAAGGCAAGGGACCAUUGCCUGGCACGAUCGCAUUCCCAGGUCUUGACUAGACAUGUGCAGCUAACAUUGUAUUGGGUUCUAUUAUGGGUUGACGAGUUGAUUGAUUAUCAUCGAUAUGCCACUUGGAUAGUAUGCAACCGCCAGAUGAGUUUCCACAGUGCCCCAAACCGAGGCUUCCGAAGUGCAUCAGCCGGCAACAGAUGGAUUCUGCGCACUUAGGUUCCAUUGCGAGGUGAAUGGUCGAUAUGAGCUCUGGCGAAUAUCAAGGGUGUUAGUCGAUGAGCCAAGAUUUUUCGGCCAGGAUCUGUGCGAUUCCAAGGCCAUAGGCUGGACAUCAAUGUACUUAUCUGACACUGCCUUGUCCAUCUCGUCUAAGAAGUUGCGCUCGAGACUCCCUUUAUACAUUUUCGUUGCUGCCCCUCUAUUUCCUUCCAAAACUUCUUUAUUUUGGCGAUAUUUGCUUCUUAACUUUGAAGGAUCAUUUCUUGCUGAAAAGCAUUGAGAUAGGCUGCUACGGGCCUUAAAACCGGACCGUGUUCACCUGGAAACGAAAUAAAUAAAUAAUAAGGAUAGACAGUGGAAUCAGAGCCGAGAAGAUAUGAAGAAACAGAAGGCGAUGCCAAAUUCUGGAAGACAAGCUACAGUACAUCCGUUCUCCUAUUCCUCCAGACACUUUCCAAGUGGAAACGCGAUGCCCUGGAUAAUGUCCUUUUGAUUCAAAGAACUCGAAUCUCGAAGCCUAAUGCUGCAGCUGGGUAGACUGAAUACAGUAUGGUAAUACUGAGUAGAUCAUCGUUUUCUACAGUCGUUGACCACAGCGUUGGAGCCGUUGUUGAGAGCUACCGAUAACACGUGAGAAAGCGUGGGGGAAAUCAAACCCCUGCAAGCCUUCCAUGAUAGCUCCGAACUCCCCUCCGAUCUUGGGGGUUUGCAGUGGCUGUUUCACGUGGAAGCGAAUCGGACCCGAAAAUGCGUGCCGGUAUCAGAGCAUAUGAUUGGCUACCAAGGCCCACCAAGCCCACAAUCGCCCCGUGUCUGCAGCUCCAGAAGCAAGUCAAUGUCCUCAUCGGCUUGCAGAAUGGG